GUGUGUCCUACCUACGAGUAGGUACGAGUAGUCGUGUGAAUGAAGAUAUAAAUUCGCCUCUACACCUCGAACCACGAACCACCAACACCAUUGCUCGGAUGACAUCACCAGCGUACGGACUCUUGAUAUUGAACCGCCCAGCACACACACGAGCCAGAAGCUAGGACUGCCGAUAGUCGUAUCGAUGUACCGAGUAUCGCUGACCCGCUGACCACCCUCUCCCCUCCACCCUCUACCCUCCACCCUCUGUAGCCCGGCAGGAUUCAGGAAGCUUUCCUCAGGCCUCAGCAUUGAUCGCCGACUGCCGCUUUUGACCUGAGCCAGGCUAGCCAGGCUAGCGGUGCCAAGGCCGCCAAAACGUAGAGCAACGACGCUCUUGGUACCAGUUUCGCCUGUCUCCAGUUUUUGGCAUCAACUAUCCAGCUCACCCUCUUCCACUCCCAACCUUCCUCUCAACUGUCCCCUCCAUCAAUCCAUCCGGCGCGUCCCACAGCCUCGAAUCCUCGAGAAGCACUCCUUCCCCCCCUUCACUACUUCUCUACCACAAACUUCUUCACCAGAUUCGUACCCUCCCUUCGCCCUCAUUUGAUCUGACAAUACCAUCAUUUGAAUUGCUAAAACCACGCAAGCUACUCGCACUUGACGUGCACCUCCGUCAUCAACCAUGGACCACCAACAACAAAACACCCAACAACCCCCGCCACCACCGCAAGGUGGUGUGCCAGGCCCGACAGGUCGACGACUUCAUAUUGCCCAUAGAAGAAGUCCGUCGGAGCUGACACCAUUGAUGAGCAUGUUCUCGUCGCCUGGCAGUAAGUGAACACAACACCAUUCACAUUGUUGUCAUCAUCAACGGCCAUGUUAAGAAAGGACCCAUGAUAGAGCCAAUGCUAACCAUAGUCACUUGUAGUGGAGCAGCUUGCAAUACAGCAACAAAUUGAACUUCUUCAACAACAACAGCAGCAGAUUCAAGCUACCCACCAGCAAUAUGUCAACAUGGGGAUGAUUCCUCCAUCGCAGCAUCUGGCUCCCGGUUACAACCCGCUCCAACCACAAAUGCAGAACAUGCCUCCACAACAAGGCUACCAGUUUCAAAAUCAGAUGCAGCAACAGCAGAUGAAUGCACCCAUGGGUGCUCCAACACAACCCUUAUCACAUCGCCGUAAUCAAUCGGCUCUUCCAAACAUGGGUAUGGGCCCUCCACCUGCUCCCUCCUCUGGCGCUGCCGGCACCGGUUUUGGAGAGUUUGCAGGACAGAACAGAGAAAACAAUGCCGCUCGUGGAGGACGUGGGGGCGCUCCUUCAGGCGGUGGACAUCAACGUCGUCACUCCUUGGCUUUGCCCGAAGCGAAGAAAGCAGCAGAGCUUGCACAACAAAAACGAACCACAUCUGGAUUCCAAUUUCCUAUCCCUGGAGCCGGCGGCGCCGCUCCUAGCGAGGGAACGGACAGUCCAGCUGGAGAGGAGAAGGCUGGCCUGACUCAAGCUACCGGAAACCAUCUGUCAACAGCUCCAAGUGCGCGUGGUGGUAGAGGAGGUCAUGGUAGAAGUCAAAGUAUGGCAGUCGGCGCAGCGCGCGGUGGUGGAGCCAUGCGAGGGGGCGGGUCCUUCCAAUUCCCUCCUAUGCAAGCAACCGCAGACGCUGGCGCGAGCGGACAGGGCAAUGAUUUCCAAAAGCAACGCGGUGGCGGUCAUGCACGAAACUCUUCUCGGAACUUUGAAGGCAACUGGAGAAAUCAACCAGCUGGAGCCCAAGGUCCACAGGAUCCCCAAGCCGCCAUUGGUAAUUUCCAAGGACAGCAGCAACCUCAGGGUGGCUUCCAACCAGGACAUCGCACUCGUGGCUCUAUGAACCAAUCUGUCAACAAUAUUGGUCAAUUCCAGCAAUAUGGCCAACAACCCCAGCUUGUUCAAUUGCCACAAGGUCAAAUGGCCCUUGUCCAGCAACCGCUUUACCCCGGACAGCAAUUGAACCCUCUUCAAAUGGGUCAAUUGCAAGCUCUUCAGGCAGCUCAAAUGAAUGGACACGGCAUGCCAGGCCAACAUGGUCCACAACUUGGCAAUCAGCAACAGCAACAGCGCAAGACAUUGUUCACGCCAUACCUCCCUCAAGCUACCCUCCCUGCACUCCUUGGCGACGGACAGCUGGUAUCUGGUAUUCUCCGUGUCAACAAGAAAAACAGAAGUGAUGCAUACGUUUCGACACAAGAUGGUCUUCUCGACGCGGAUAUCUUCAUUUGCGGUAGCAAGGACCGAAAUCGUGCUUUGGAGGGUGAUCUUGUUGCUGUUGAACUGCUUGAUGUAGAUGAAGUUUGGGGUCAAAAGCGCGAGAAAGAAGAAAAGAAGAAGCGCAAAGACGUCACGGACCCACGAGGUGGAUCAUCCAAUGGAAAUGCCGAUACUUCUCACCGGGACAACUCCACCAAUGGUGACAAGCCAGCUGCUCCUGAAGGCGGUGGUAUGCGCCGACGUGGAAGUUUGAGACAACGACCUACUCAAAAGAAGAACGAUGAUGUUGAAGUCGAAGGUCAGAGUCUUCUUCUGGUGGAAGAGGAAGAAGUCAACGAUGAGCAGAAGCCCCUUUAUGCUGGUCACAUUGUUGCGGUUAUUGAGCGUGUUGCUGGCCAGAUGUUCUCUGGCACUCUUGGCUUGCUCCGUCCAAGUAGUCAAGCCACCAAGGAAAAGCAAGAGGCUGAGCGUCAAGCAAGAGAUGGAGGCAACGGACGACAACAUGAGCAACGACAACAAGAUAAGCCGAAGAUUGUUUGGUUCAAGCCAACUGAGUAAGUUUUCUCUAUAUUCGUUGAUUCUCUGAUAUUCGUGCUUGCUGCCAAACCCACUAAUCCAGAUGGUUUGAUCAAUGAAUUUUAUGCUUGUUUCACGAACCCAUCGUUUUUCAACGAAUGGGUUUCGAGGACAGGCGGGCACAGCAGCCUUGGACCUAUUUCAGCUUGGUCACUUAGAAUUUCGGGUCGGCUAACUCUGGACGACUCGAGCUUCUGCACCGAACCCCAUGAUUUCCACUCCCUCGCAGCGGCAAAUCUUUAGUCUUGCUAACGAAAGCUUUAGUAAACGCGUGCCCCUUAUUGCCAUCCCAACAGAGCAAGCUCCUCGUGACUUUGUCGAGAAGCACAUGGACUAUGCCGAUAGAAUUUUUGUUGCAUGUAUCAAAAGAUGGCCAAUCACGUCUUUGCAUCCUUUCGGUACUCUUGUCGAACAACUUGGAAAGAUGGGCGAACUCAAGGUCGAGACGGAUGCUUUGCUUAGAGAUAACAACUUUGCAUCGGACGAAUUUUCCGAUGCUGUCACUCGCAGCGUCGGUCUUGAUGAGUGGUCUAUUGCUAAGGAAGAUGAAGCUGCCAUCAAGGCCCGUCGAGACUUCCGUGAUGAGAAGACCUUUACGAUCGAUCCCAAUGGAGCUAAUGAGCUAGACGAUGCUAUUCAUGUCAAGACUGAUGUGGAUGGAAAGAUCGAGAUUGGUAUUCACAUUGCUGAUUUUGCUCACUUUAUCAAAGCAAACUCUUUGGUUGACCGCGAGGCCAAGAAGCGAGGCACAGCCGUGUAUCUUGUGAACAGAUCUUGCGCUAUGCUUCCACCCAAGAUUGCUUCGGAGAUUUGCUCAUUGACUCCUGGUGAAGAGCGACUUACCGUCAGUGUCGUUUUCAAGGUAGAUUCACACACAGGUGUUGUUGCUGAAGAGCACACUUGGAUUGGAAAAUCAAUCAUCAAGAGUGGUGGAAAGUUGACCUACAAGGACGUUGAUGCCGUUCUCUCGGGUCAUUCUGAUGUCAAGCUUGUGGGCGCUGAGAUUAAGGACAUUCAGAUUCUUCAUGUAAGCUCCACACGUGUUAUCUUUGGUGCUUUACUAAUCACUGAUAGGUUGUCGCGCAAAAGUUCCGUGAGCAACGUCUUGGAACUGACGGUGAGACUAUUGCACCUCUGCGACUCAUUUACCAAUUGGACGAUGAGAAUGUCCCGGUUGAGCAGAACAUUUUCGACUCGACUCCAUCCCAUGAACUGAUAGAAGAAUUGCUCCACAAGGCCAACACUUAUGUUGCCCAAAAAAUUGCCAAGGGAUUACCAGAAAAGGCACUGCUCCGUCGCCAAGGUCCUCCAAAUCCACGAAGACUGCAAACCUUCGCCGACCGAAUGAACAAAAUUGGCUACGAAAUGGAUACAACGAGCAGUGGAUCACUCCAAAACAGUUUGUUCAAGGUCGACGACACAAACCUCCGGAAGGGAAUGGAAACUCUGGUUGUGAAGACCAUGCAACGAGCAAAAUACUAUAUUGCUGGCAAAACUCCUGCACACCUCCACCCACAUUAUGCAUUGAACCUUCCUGUGUAUACUCAUUUCACAAAUCCAUCCCGUCGCUAUGCAGACCUUGUCGUUCAUCGUCAACUUGAGGCUGUUCUUUCCGAGGGCAAGAUCGAGUAUAAUGAAGAUAUCGAAACUUUGGUGAAGACCACCGAGUCUUGCAAUACCAAGAAAGAUUCUUCACAAAAUGCCCAAGAGCAGAGUGUGCACAUUGAAUCCUGCCGAAUUAUGGACAGAAAGCGCGAGGAGGUUGGUGGCGAACUGAUCAGCGAGGGCAUUGUCAUCUGCGUGUACGACUCCGCUUUCGAUGUUCUCAUACCCGAGUAUGGAUUCGAGAAGCGUGUGCACUGUGAUCAACUACCAUUGAAAAAGGCAGAGUUCCGAAAGAACGAGCGAAUUCUGGAGCUUUAUUGGGAGAAGGGUGUGCCCUCGUCAGCAUACGUCCCUGAAGAUGAGCGCCCACGACCAGGUCUCUCUCAACGAACCACUAACGCCGCUGCUGCCGCAAAGCAAGCUGCUGUUGCUGAGCGCGCAAAGAAGGAGCAUGAGGAAGCUCAACGCAAGCAAAUGGAGACUGGCACCAUCUCAACAGAUGACAUUGAUGCCUUGUUCGAUGACGAAGAUGACGCUUCUGAUGUUGCUGAUAGUCUUGCGGGCGUGUCGCUUGCGGAACGCCCUACGCAAAGUGUCCCUCCUUCUCCAACCAAAAACUCCCUUACAGCUGGCGCUGGUAACCUCCAUCGCACUCGUUCAGAUUCCAAAGUACAUGUUGCUGAGCCUGCUGAGGCAAAGCUUAGUCCCAAAGAGAAAUAUCUCAAAUUGUUCACGCUCCGAGAGGAGAACGGAGAAUAUAUUCAGGACGUAAAGGAGAUGACCCGUGUUCCAGUGAUCUUGAAGACUGACCUUACCAAAAGCCCUCCGUAAGUUGAUUGGUCCAUUGUGAGGUCUCCCCUGCUAACCAAUCACAGUUGUCUUACCAUCCGAUGUAUGAACCCUUAUGCAUUGUAGGGUUUUAGUUGCAUAUUACUGUCAAGCAUGGGCAUGUUUAGUAAUGCUUUUUCUGGGUGCAUUGAUGAUCUUCACGGCAACGGGAGUGAUAAGGAUGUCGGGUUCUUUGCGAACCGGAUGUGCGGGGAAACAGAUUUAUGUCUACCUCGCUAAUGUCGUCAAAUCGUUUGUGUACUGGUGAAGGUCAUUUUUCUUUUGAAACUGUUGAAAUAGUCACCAUAGCAAGCAUGACAUUGGAGGAAAAGUUGAUACCUGAAAAGUCGAUGAUGAGGACCAAUAGGAUUUAGGAACAUGAAAUAGGUGAACUACUCAACGUAUUCCGGCAGUCGAAGUGUCUUGUUGCUUAGUUCACUGCUCUACAUCUUGGCGGAACCACUUGUUGCAGAGGCCACGAUGGUUAUCAACUUGGCUGCUGAGACGUAUGUUUGGAAUUGUUUCUACCAGUAUUCAUAGAGUAGUUGUUGUGGCGAAGAUCGUAGUCAUGUCUAGGACAUGGUCUAGAUCCGGCUUCAAAUCGAGGUUUUUCUAUAGUUGAAUGUCAGACCAUUCCA